AUGUGUACGGGACGUGAUGCCUCUUCCCCGUACCAACUUGUUGGCCGUUUCGACGACAUAUCCGAAGAAAUCUUGAACGUUAAUAAUGCCCGUGUAGAAAUAAUAAUUGCAACCGCAGCGAUUACCCUAUAUCCGCGAGCUGGCGGUCUAUUGGCGCACUUGUCCCGGCCAGCGCAUAACUCCAUCGCGUAUUUAUCGGCCAACCAGUCGUUGAAAAUCGUUUCGCGGCACGAGUCACGUACCCGUUUGGGUACGGUAAAGCCUUGGCCGAAGACCAGCAUCAAGAUAAAGUCAGUGGGAGCUGUACCCAAGGAUGCGCGGGAACGGGUGGUGUCGUUAGUAGUGGAUAACAACUCGUUGGAGGGACCAGCGAGCGGCGAGGAAGGGGGCCACGGAAACGGCCCCCAAAAGGGCCCGCUGGAUGGUCUAGCCUACGAGGAACCAUCGAGACCUAGCCGGCAAGAGGGCGAGCACGUCCGAUCGAUCGAGACGCGGGAGUCUGGUACUGUCGUCGGUUCAGACCUGGCCGCAGUGGACACCGGGCUGGGAUCCACCGGUGAACGCAUACAACUUGAUGAAAGGACCGGAAGCAAGAUCAAGCGGCCACAAAGCCCCAUAGUGUCGGCAAUCAACGAUCACGUUCCGAUCUCAAUACAUUACAAACAUCAUCCGGAGGGAUUCAACGGCGCAGCCUUGGAGCUACAAUCGACCGGCGACGCGCGCUCAAAGCGUUCGAGGGAGACGUUGGACCGCGACAACGACAACGACGACGACGACGAGCAACCGGCGAGGAGAAGCUGCGCGGUGCAUCGGCACAGAGUGUCUUGUCACGUAGCGCGAGCCCAUACGGAGCCGCCCUGUCGAAGAGGCGUGAACCGAAGCCGACCCUGCCGCGUUCAUGAUCGCCGGCGGGGCUGCUCGAGAGGAAAGUCGACGGAGAGACCGGAACAUCGGCAUCUGAGGUUCCACGAUCCGGAGAACGUCAUCGUACGGUUGGAGCAGGAUCCGAUACUCCGACCGGUUCGGAUUCUCGGCUGUCCUCCCGCGGAGGGCCAGGAGAUAUCCACCUAUCUGGAGCCGGCCGGGCCGAGUUACGUUUACACGGGCAUCGGCGUAAGCCAGUUCGCCGGCGGUGAGCCGCACUGCUUCGAUCUGCACAACCCGGACAAUAUUCUGCCCAAGAGUCGCGUCGGCAGCAUCGCCAGACUCCUCGACGGGCCGAAUCGCGCCGUGAAGGACAUCAAUCGCAAGGUCCUGGCGAUGGCGCGUGCCAUGACGCCCGCUUGGUCGCUGCGCCUGCUCGGCGUCAGCUGCGGUUCCGUGCUCUGCGCCUGGGGACUUUUGCUGAUAUUAUCCGUGCUUGGUGGUGGUGCCUCGCCCGGUACCGGUAUCGGCCUCGGUAGCUUCGGCCUCGGCAGCAUGACGGGCACGAUGGACGAUUUGAACGGCGUUAGAUGUCCUUGGGCGUGCACGUGUGGCGGACAGGAGGUCGACUGCUCUCAUCGCGAGCUCACGCAGAUCCCUGGUGACCUGGCCACCCUGCUCAUCGCCGAAAAACUGUGA